GAAGGGGCCGAGGAAGCGGCGAAGGACACGGCCGAUAUAGCGACGUUCUUCAAAUCUGAUUGCACCCUUUCAAAAUGUGAGCCCAAAACUGACAUCUCCAAUCAGAUAACAGUGUCAGAUGGGUGCCUGAUAGUCCUGUCUGUUAUGGACAUGAUGAAAGUUGCAGGAGAAUGAUUUGGUUUAAAGACCCAAUUGCUUGAUCUUUCUAUCAACAUCAGCUUCUUCAAAAUCCUCUACACUCUCAGAAAAAAAAGGUAUUGUUUAAGGUACAAGUGCUGUCACUAAGGUGGUACCCUAAAGGAGACUGUAGUAAGGUUCAUUCAUAGAGGAGGGAAAGGAGGAAGUGGGAGGCGACGGAUCCAACUCAAAAAGGAUUUCGCAGGAAUGAAGAAAUGAAGGCAAUGGAGGUUUUGCCCAUUCUAAAGGAAAAAGUGGCCUUCUUAUCAGGGGGCAGGGACAAGCGUGGUGGUCCGGUUUUAACAUUCCCGUCACGAACCAACCACGACAGAAUACGCCACGAGGAUCUCCGCAGACUCAUCGCCUACCUCGCCGGCAUCCCUAGCGAAGACGUAUGCAAACAUGGCUUCACGGUCAUUGUGGACAUGCGUGGCUCCAAAUGGGAUUCCAUUAAGCCGCUGCUGAAGAUCCUGCAGGAGUCGUUUCCCUGCUGCAUCCACAUCGCCCUCAUCAUCAAACCAGACAACUUCUGGCAGAAGCAGAGGACCAACUUCGGCAGCUCCAAGUUUGAGUUUGAGACCACAAUGGUGUCCCUGGAGGGCUUAUCAAAGGUGGUGGACCCAUCCCAGUUGACGCCCGACUUCGAGGGCAGCCUGGACUACAAUCACGAGGAGUGGAUCGAGAUCCGCGUGGCCUUUGAGGACUUUACGGGCAACGCCCGACACUUGCUCGCCCGCUUGGAGGAGAUGCAGGAAACGGUCACGCGCAAAGACUUCCCGCAGGACUUAGAGGGAGCUCGACGGAUGAUAGAUGAGCACGCAGGCCUGAAGAAGAGGGUGAUGAAGGCUCCUGUGGAGGAGGUGGACAGUGAAGGCCAGAGACUGCUGCAAAGGAUCCAGAGCAGCGAGAGCUACGCUAACCGAACUGUGCCUCUGCCGCCAGGGCAAAGAGAAGGGCAGGGACAGCCCAAUGCCGACACCCAGGGCCUUGUGCCCCGCAUUUCAGGCCUACUGGAAAAGCUGCACAGCACCAGGCAGAACCUGCACCAGUCCUGGCACGUUCGCAAGCUGCAGCUGGACCAGUGCUUUCAACUCAGGCUUUUCGAACAGGAUGCUGAAAAGAUGUUUGACUGGAUCAUGCACAACAAAGGGCUGUUUCUGGCAGGCUACACUGAGAUCGGCAACAACCACCCUCACGCCAUGGAGCUGCAGACCCAGCACAACCACUUUGCCAUGAACUGCAUGAAUGUUUAUGUAAACAUAAAUCGCAUCAUGUCCGUGGGGAACCGGCUGCUGGAGGCGGGCCACUACGCAUCCCAGCAGAUCAAACAGAUAUCAGGUCAGCUGGAGCAGGAGUGGAAAGCAUUUGCUGCUGCGCUGGACGAGAGGAGCUCCCUGCUGGAGAUGUCUGCUGCUUUCCACCAAAAAUGCGACCAGUACAUGAGUAAUUUGGACUCAUGGUGCAAAGCAUGUGGGGAGGUGGACCUGCCCUCUGAUCUACAGGACCUGGAGGAUGCAAUCCACCAUCACCAAGGCCUGUAUGAACACAUCACUGCUGCCUACUCUGAGGUGAGCCAAGACGGAAAAGCAUUAUUGGACAAACUUCAGCGGCCUCUGACCCCCGGCAGCGCUGAUUCGUUAACAGCAUCUGCCAAUUACUCGAAAGCAGUGCGGCAUGUUCUGGAUAUCAUCCAUGAGGUUCUGCACCAUCAGAGGCAGCUAGAGAACAUUUGGCAGCACCGCAAGGUCCGACUGCACCAACGUCUGCAGCUGUGUGUGUUCCAGCAGGAUGUUCAGCAGGUUCUUGACUGGAUUGAGAACCACGGUGAGGCUUUUCUCAGUAAGCACACCGGGGUGGGGAAGUCUCUGCAUCGCGCCAGAGCCUUGCAGAAACGCCAUGAAGACUUUGAAGAAGUUGCUCAGAAUACAUACACAAAUGCUGAUAAGCUACUUGAAGCAGCUGAGCAGUUGGCCCAGACGGGCGAGUGUGACCCGGAAGAGAUCUAUCAGGCCGCCCAUCAGCUGGAGGAUCGGAUCCAGGACUUUGUGAGGCGCGUGGAGCAGCGGAAGGUCUUGCUGGACAUGUCCGUGGCUUUCCACACACAUGUUAAAGAGCUGUGGACGUGGCUGGAGGAGUUGCAGAAGGAGUUGUUAGACGAUGUGUACGCGGAGUCUGUGGAGGCUGUCCAGGACCUGAUCAAGCGUUUCGGACAGCAGCAGCAGACCACCCUACAGUUCACGGUCAAUGUCAUCAAAGAGGGAGAGGAUCUCAUUCAACAACUCAGAGACUCGGCUAUCUCCAGCAAUAAGACCCCUCACAACAGCUCCAUCAACCACAUCGAGAGUGUCCUGCAGCAGCUGGAUGAGGCUCAGGCUCAGAUGGAGGAACUCUUUCAGGAGAGGAAGAUCAAACUGGAGCUCUUCCUGCAGCUCAGGAUCUUUGAGAGGGACGCCAUUGAUAUCAUAACAGAUCUUGACUCAUGGAAUGAGGAGCUUUCCCAGCAGAUGAAUGACUUCGACACAGAAGACCUGACGCUGGCUGAACAGAGACUGCAGCAUCACGCUGACAAAGCUCUUACCAUGAACAACCUCGCCUUCCAUGUCAUCCACCAGGGCCAGGAGCUGCUGCAGUAUGUCAAUGAUGUGCAGGCAUCUGGUGUGGAAUUGCUUUGUGACCGGGAUGUGGACAUGGCCACCCGUGUUCAGGAUCUGCUGGAGUUCCUGCAUGAGAAGCAGCAGGAGCUGGACGUGGCCGCAGAGCAGCACCGCAGACAUCUGGAGCAGUGCGUGCAACUCCGCCACCUACAGGCCGAAGUCAAGCAGGUGCUGGGUUGGAUUCGUAACGGCGAGUCAAUGCUGAACGCAGGUCUGAUUACAGCCAGUUCCCUUCAGGAAGCUGAGCAGCUGCAGAGAGAGCAUGAACAGUUUCAGCAUGCUAUCGAGAAAACCCAUCAGAGCGCUCUACAGGUCCAGCAGAAAGCAGAGGCCCUGCUGCAGGCUAAUCACUAUGACAUGGACAUGAUCCGAGACUGUGCCGAGAAUGUGGCUUCCCACUGGCAGCAGCUCAUGCUGAAAAUGGAAGACCGGCUCAAACUGGUCAACGCAUCUGUGGCCUUCUACAAGACCUCUGAACAGGUUUGUAGUGUGUUGGAGAGUCUGGAGCAGGAGUAUAAGCGUGAGGAAGACUGGUGUGGAGGAGUGGACAAACUCGGGCCCAACUGUGAAACUGACCACGUCUCCCCCAUGAUAAGCAAGCACCUGGAACAGAAAGAGGCCUUCCUCAAAGCGUGCACCUUGGCCAGACGGAAUGCUGAUGUGUUCCUAAAAUACAUGCACAGAAACAGUGUCAGCAUGCCAGGGAUGCUGAGUCACGUCAAAGCACCUGAACAGCAGGUCAAAAAUAUCCUAAAUGAGUUGCUGCAGAGGGAGAAUCGUGUCCUGCACUUCUGGACCAUGAGAAAGAGGAGGCUGGACCAGUGUCAGCAGUAUGUGGUGUUUGAACGCAGUGCCAAGCAGGCCCUGGAGUGGAUCCACGACACUGGUGAGUUCUAUCUGUCCACACACACCUCCACAGGCUCCAGCAUUCACCACACACAGGAACUUCUCAAAGAACAUGAGGACUUCCACAUCACAGCCAAGCAAACCAAAGAGCGCGUGAAGCUCUUGAUACAGUUAGCGGAUGGCUUCUGUGAUAAGGGACACGCCCACGCUGUGGAGAUUAAGAAAUGGGUGACGGCCGUGGACAAACGCUAUCGAGACUUCUCCCUCCGCAUGGACAAGUACCGCACCUCUCUGGAGAAAGCACUCGGCAUCUCUUCUGACUCGAACAAAGCAAGCAAAGACCUGCAGCUGGACAUCAUCCCAGCCAGUGCUCCAGGGUCAGAGGUCAAACUGAGGGACGCCGCUCAUGAACUUAACGAAGAAAAGCGCAAGUCUGCCCGCAGGAAGGACUUCAUCAUGGCUGAGUUGAUUCAGACAGAAAAGACUUACGUGCGAGACUUGAGAGAGUGCAUGGAUACAUAUUUAUGGGAGAUGACCAGUGGCGUGGAGGAGAUCCCACCAGGGAUCGUCAACAAAGAGCAUAUCAUUUUUGGUAACAUGCAGGACCUCUAUGAGUUCCAUCAUAAUAUAUUCCUCAAAGAACUGGAGAAGUACGAGCAGCUUCCUGAAGACGUGGGUCAUUGUUUUGUGACUUGGGCCGAUAAGUUCCAGAUGUAUGUGAACUACUGCAAGAACAAACCAGACUCCACGCAGCUGAUACUUGAGCAUGCUGGAGGAUACUUUGAUGAGAUCCAACAGAGGCAUCGUCUGGCCAACUCCAUCUCUUCAUACCUCAUCAAACCUGUGCAGAGAAUAACCAAGUACCAGCUGCUCCUCAAGGAGCUUCUGACGUGUUGUGAGGAAGGCAAAGGUGAAAUCAAAGAUGGUCUGGAGGUCAUGCUCAGUGUUCCCAAGAGAGCCAAUGACGCCAUGCACUUGAGCAUGCUGGAAGGGUUUGAUGAGAACAUUGAGUCCCAGGGAGAGCUGAUCCUGCAGGAGGCCUUCCAGGUGUGGGAUCCCAAGACCUUGAUCCGUAAGGGACGUGAGCGUCACCUUUUCCUUUUCGAAAUGUCUCUCAUCUUCAGCAAAGAGGUUAAAGACUCCAAUGGCAGGAGCAAGUACCUCUACAAAAGCAAGCUUUUUACCUCUGAGCUGGGUGUUACUGAGCACGUGGAAGGCGAUCCAUGCAAAUUUGCUCUCUGGGUCGGACGGACCCCAACCUCAGACAACAAGAUUGUCCUCAAGCUAAGUCAGGGAUGCAAACAUGGAUCUAUGGCCUCCAGUAUUGAGAACAAACAGGACUGGAUAAAGCACAUCCGUGAAGUGAUCCAGGAACGCACCAUACACCUAAAGGGGGCAUUAAAGGAGCCCAUCCAUAUCCCCAAACCUUCCACAACCAAACACAAGGGUCGCAGGUACACCCCAAGAGACGGAGAGGAUCUGGACAGCCAGGGUGACGGAAGCAGCCAACCAGACACAAUCUCACUGGCGUCACGGACCUCUCAGAAUACACUGGACAGCGACAAGUUGUCUGGUGGCUGUGAGCUGACAGUGGUGAUCCAUGACUUCAUGGCCGGUAACAGUAAUGAGCUGACGGUGCGGAGGGGCCAGACGGUGGAAGUACUGGAGAGGCUCCAUGAUAAGCCUGAUUGGUGCCUGGUGCGAACCACAGACCGUUCCCCUGCCCUCGAGGGCCUUGUGCCCUGUGCCAUGCUCUGUAUCGCCCACUCCCGCAGCAGCAUGGAGAUGGAGGGCAUCUUUAACCACAAAGACGCUCUCUCAGUGUGCAGUAAUGAUGCCAUCAUGCCAGGCUCCUCUGCUACCCUGCAGCCGGGUCAUGUGAUGGGCUCCCAGAGUUCCCCUGGGCCCAAGCGGCCUGGCAACACAUUAAGGAAAUGGCUGACCAGCCCUGUGAGGAGACUCAGCAGUGGUAAAGCCGAUGGCCAUGUGAAGAAGCUGGCUCACAAACACAAGAAGAGCCGUGAUGUCAGAAAGGGCGGCGACGCAGGCUCGCAGAAAGACUCGGACGACAGCGCUGCCACACCACAGGAUGAGACUUUGGAGGAGAGGGUGCGCAAUGAGGGCCUUAGCAGUGGCACCCUCUCCAAGUCAUCAUCAUCGGGCAUGCAGAGCUGUGGGGAGGAAGAGGGAGAGGAAGGUCCUGACACUGUGCCUCUUCCUCCACCCAUGGCCAUCCAACAGCACAGCCUCCUCCAGCCUGACGCACAGGAUGACAAGACCUCUUCCCGUCUCUCUGUCCGUCCCUCCAGUUCUGAGACCCCCAGCGCUGCUGAGCUAGUCAGUGCCAUUGAGGAGCUGGUCAAAAGCAAGAUGGCUCUGGAGGAUAGACCCAGCUCUCUGUCUGUGGAACAGAGGGACAGCAGCAGCCCCUCUUUCAACCCCUCUGACAACUCCCUUCUGUCUUCCUCAUCCCCAAUCGAUGAGAUAGAGGAACGCAGGACCGGCUCCCUCAAGAGACGCCAUUAUGUGCUUCUGGAACUGGUUGAGACAGAGAGGGACUAUGUGAGGGAUCUUAGUUUGGUUGUUGAGGGUUACAUGACCAGGAUGAGAGAAGACGGAGUCCCAGAUGAUAUGAAGGGCAAAGAUGAGAUUGUUUUCGGCAACAUCCAGCAAAUAUUUGACUGGCACAAAAAUUUCUUUCUGGGAGAGCUUGAGAAGUGCCUUGAGGACCCUGACCGGCUAGGCCCUCUGUUCGUCAAACAUGAACGGAGGCUGCACAUGUACAUUGUUUACUGCCAGAACAAACCCAGAUCUGAGCACAUUGUCUCAGAGUACAUUGACACCUAUUUUGAGGAUCUGAAGCAGCGUCUGAGUCACAGGCUUCAGAUCACUGAUCUGCUCAUUAAACCUGUGCAGAGAAUUAUGAAGUACCAGCUGCUGCUGAAGGAUUUUCUCAAAUUCUCCAAGAAAGCUGGAAUUGAAUCACUAGAAUUGGAGAAAGCAGUUGAGGUCAUGUGCAUUGUACCAAAAAGAUGCAACGACAUGAUGAAUGUUGGUAGACUCCAGGGAUUUGAUGGUAAGAUCAUCGCUCAGGGGCGUCUCCUCCUGCAGGACACCUUCAUGGUGGCUGAACCCGAUGGAGGUUUGCUGAACAGGAUGAAGGAGAGAAGAGUCUUUCUCUUUGAGCAGAUUGUCAUCUUCAGUGAACCUUUAGAUAAAAAGAGAGGUUUCUCAGUGCCUGGCUACUUGUACAAAUACAGCAUCAAGAUGAGCUGUCUGGGGCUGGAGGAUAUUGUGGAUGGAGACACCUGUAAGUUUGCACUCACAUCCAGAAUGUCUAAUGGCAGCACAGAGGCCUUUAUUCUGCAUUCAAGCCACCCUGGAGUUCGACAGGUCUGGAUUCUGCAGAUCACUCAAAUCUUGGAGAGUCAACGCAAUUUCCUCAAUGCGCUUUCAUCUCCACUAGAGUACCAAAGGAACCAUGUAGAUGGACCUGGUGUCUCAGUCAGCUGUGUUCAGGCUGGAGGGAGUGGGGGUCAAGGAAUGGCCCCUGGAGGAGCCCCGGCUGGGUCCGGUUCCCGCUCCCGUCCCUCCCGUAUCCCCCAGCCCUCACGCCUGCCUCAGCCCCUUCGUCAUCACUCUCCCGCCCUGGGGGCUGGAGGCCACGAGCUUGACGGCCCAGACAAAAUAUCAGGUAUGUCCCCAAGACCUCUCUCUAAGGGUCCCUCACCCUCUAGUGCCACAGAGCAUGGAGACCCCUCUAAAUUGAAGGUUCCUGGGAGCCCUCACCCCAAACAGACUGACUCUACAGAAAGUGCUUCCAAAGAGAGCAGGGAUGGAGCAGCCCCAGCCCAGAUCCCUCGUGCCACCGUGGCCCCACUCACUCUGGUCAAACCCAGACCUGGCACUGUUUCACCAAUGGCUUCCCCAAGAGCCACACCGGCUUUCAAAGACUCCAUCCCAACCUGCUGUCCUGGGCCAAAGACAGUUGGGGCCUCCACCCCUUCUACUUCCAACUCCUGGAGCUCCAUACCUGCCUCCCCUGCCAGCAGGCCUGGUACUUUCACCUUCCCUGGGGAGACAUGUGACUCGCUGGGCCGGCAGAAUCAGAACCAAAGUCACCGGCAUUCCACUCAGAGUAAAGAUGCAGACCGCAUGAGCACCUGCUCUUCUGCCAGUGAGCAGUCUGUCCAGUCCACUCAGAGCAACGGGAGUGAAAGCAGCAGCAGCAGCAAUAUCUCCACCAUGUUGGUGACUCAGGACUAUGUGGCUCUGAAAGAGGAUGAGAUUAAUGUUGGUCAGGGGGAGGUGGUGCAGAUCCUUGCCUCCAAUCAGCAGAACAUGUUCCUGGUAUUCCGUGCCGCCACUGACCAAUGCCCGGCCGCCGAGGGCUGGAUCCCCGGAUACGUGCUGGGCCACACCUCUGCUAUUAUCCCUGAUGUACCAGAGGGAACCAUUAACAGGAAAUCUUCAUGGCAUACGUCCCUCCGCAUUCGAAAGAAGUCAGAGAAAAGAGAGAAGGAAGGUAAAAAGGAGACCAAACUGGAAAACGGAUACAGGAAAUCCAGAGAGGGACUGACUAACAAGGUCUAUGUGAAGCUUCUAAAUCCCAAUUAUAUCUAUGAUGUUCCCCCGGAGAUCCUCAUCCCACUGAGUGAUGUGACGUGUGAUAAAGGAGAGUGUAUUACCCUAAGGUGUAAAGUGUGUGGCUGCCCCAAAGCCACAGUCACCUGGAAGGGACCGGACCAGAAAACACUCACCAACAACGAUCACUUCAGCGUAGCCUACAGUGAGACUGGUGAGGCCACGUUGCGUAUUGUGGGUGUGAACUCCGAGGAUGACGGCGUGUACACUUGCAUUGCUUCAAAUGAUGUAGGGAGUGUGACAUCAUCAGCCAGCCUCAGAGUCUUGGGAACUACCAAUGAUGGAAUCCGAGUAACAUGGAAAGACAACUUUGAGUCUUUCUACACUGAGGUGGCUGAGCUGGGCAGGGGACGGUUCUCUGUAGUGAAACGCUGUGACCAGAGGGGGUCAAAGCGCACUGUGGCGGUCAAAUUUGUGAAUAAGAAACUCAUGAAGCGAGACCAGGUCACCCACGAGUUCAGAAUCCUACAGAGACUCCAGCACCCGCACGUUGUCAGACUACUGGACACCUUUGAGACCUCCAGCUGCUAUGCGCUGGUCCUUGACAUGGCUGAUCAGGGCCGUCUAUUGGACUACAUUGUGAGCUGGGGGAACCUCACUGAGGAGAAGGUGGCCUUUUACCUCCGGGACAUUUUAGAAGCUUUACAAUACUUGCACAACUGCAGAAUAGUUCAUCUUGAUUUGAAGCCUGAAAAUCUGGUGGUGGACCAGAGCCCCUCCCAGCCGCUGGUAAAGCUAACAGACUUCGGCGACGCGGUGCAGCUAAAUUCGACUCCUUAUUUUCACCCUCUGCUGGGUAGCCCAGAAUUUGCGGCCCCUGAGCUGGUUAUCGGGGACCCUGUCUCUCUGUCCUCUGACUUAUGGAGUUUGGGGGUGGUGACGUAUGUGAUGCUGAGUGGGGCGUCUCCAUUUUUGGAUGAAAGCGUGGAGGAGACGUGCCUCAACAUCUGCCGGCUAGACUUUAGCUUCCCCGACGACUACUUUCAGGGCGUGAGCCAGGCGGCACGGGAUUUCAUGUGUCUGCUUCUCAGGACAGAGCCUUCCAAGCGGCCCUCAGCUGCCACUUGCCUGCAGGAGCCCUGGCUGAGGCCCGGAGUGGGCCGUCGCUCAGCUGAAUGCAUCGAUACUUCGAGACUCAUCUCCUUCAUCGACCGGCGCAAACACCAGAACGACCUGCGACCGCUCGGAGGCAUCAGGGCUUUUCUGCAAAGCAGGCUACAGCCCAGGAUCUGACCAAGAAAAUUGAAACGUUAAUCUCAUGCUCUUUCUGCUGCCAAUUAUGAUGUAGAAGAUGACUUUAGUCCUGAGCUAAUCAAAAUGUGUGCUGACAAACGUGUCUGCCAAUCGGAGCCUUCUUUGUCAUAUAACAUUUGAUAUUGAUAGUUCUCUCCCAGUCAUUUGCUGCUGCUUAGUUCCAUAUUAAAUUAAGACUUUUAAGCAGAGAUAAAACAAUAGAAUAUAAAAAAAUAUAUACACAUACAGUAUAUAAAUGAAAUAUUUCUCUGAUUUGCUGAAUGAUCAACAAAUCAACACAAAUGAACUAAUAUUUUGUGUGGAACAAAUUUACCUACACAACAGUGGCAGAGGUUUUUUGAAAAAAGCGAUGCAAUUUCAAUUUAGCAAGGAGAACAACCUUUUUGUUUGUUUUGCCUGAGCCAGAGAGAGCAAGCAGCUCUGUUUUUGUGCUUUUACAGUGUUCAACUCAAAAUAUUUAAUGUCAAAACCUUUUAUAAAAAUGGCAAUUACAUUAUAAAGAUUAUGACACAUUUUCAGGAAUAUGUUUGAAUAAAUAAAAAACAACAUCAGUGAAAUCAGUUACAUCAUAUCAAAAUGAAUGCAACAUACAAAUUGUGAGCAAAUUAAAAGUUCUUAAAAGCAUUUUAAGUGAAAGCUUGUUUUGGUCUCCUAGUGUAAUUAGUUGCUUAUUUGAACGAUGAUGAUCAUGCCACAUUUAGCUGCAAAACAUUUUAACGGUUGCAAGUUAUACCUAUUUUUUAUUUGCUAUGACUAGAACAAGUUGUGUUGUGAAUUUUACAGUUGUAUAAGCCUUAUUCUAUAAUAUCUGUCUGCCCUACUGUUUUUUUUAUUUUUUUUUUUUUUAUUUUAUUUUUUUUUCCUUCAGUUCAGUUUCUUUUUUUAAUGUAACGUCACAAGGGUGGAGAAAUGAACCCCAACAGAAGACAGCCAUUGGGCGGCCAAACGUCUGAGUGGCCAAUCAGCUUUAGACAGGAAAGCAGCAAGGAAUGACUGAAGACUGUAAAUGCACUCACAUUGUGUCCAGUUUUUACCUUGUGUAAUGCUUCAGCUUCAACGGUUUAUGCAAUUAUUUAUGAUGACAUCCGUUAUACCUUUAAUAAAAAUAUAGAAUAGCAUGUACUUUGUACUGCAGGUUCUGCUGUUGUUUAUUUAAUCUGGUCAUUUUCUUUACUAAAGUAUUAUUGUCCUGUUAUCAUACCGGGUCAUCGUCUACAUGGCAGUACAUUGUCACUUUUCUGUGAUUAUACAUAUCGGUAUGCCAAAGCUCUCCAUGCUGUUAUGAGUCUUUUUUUUUUUUUUUUGUCCCCUAGACACAUUUGACUCCUUUUAAUUUAUACAUGAUAUAGCUGUGACUUGUUGUUUACAUGAGUUUAUCAUAGCUUUACAUUUGGAAAGAAUUGCUUUUUUUAUUUUUAUUUUUUUCAUGGGUUUCCAUGUUAUUGGCAUUUCAUAGAUUUUCAGUUUUCUGCACAUUUAUUGGGGUAUUUCUGAAUCACACCUCCCAGUUAGACGAUACAAGGCAGUCCUUGACAUUGAAAUGCUUUUAUUGUUAUAGCAAAACAUCAUGGACAAAAAUGUGAAGCCUUUAAAUGAUUAAAUAUGUCUUACCAUAUAGUUUUUAUAAAAAAGUACAGUAGCUCCUUUUUAUUUCUAAGGCUGUGAAUAGUUUUUGUGACUGUUUAGUCAUAAGAUCUCACCAGUUUGUUUCUGUAAGUAAGUUCUGACUGGAAAGAGAUUCAGUUAACAAUUGGCCUGUUGCUCUCAAUAUGUUGAUUUCUUUUGGAGCCAGUGAUCCUUGCAUCAUGCAUCCCUCAAUUGAGAUUUUGAAGCGUAGUGAAAUGUUCGAUUGGUGGACAGUGACUCUUUCCAAGUAGGAAGGAACAUUGUUGAUUCAUCUGUAUAGAUCCAUAUCAUGUCCCCUAAUUUAUUUGUCAUUGUAAAGUUGUACAGAUGCAUUUACAGUGUGGGAACUUGGACUGGAUACAUUUUCAAAGUGUUUUGUUGAAUGUCUAAUGUUCGUUCUGAUCUCAUUGUAUUUUAAUGUAUGAAAUUUAAUUUUAGACUUGUUUUAUUUCAAUUAUUUGAUACUUUUUGCAUGUGUAUAUUUCGUUGUACAGUAACCAUUAGUGUUUACGCGAAACGUGCUGUAAAUAUUUUCAGCAGUUAUUUUGAAAUUAAACAUAUGGAACAUU